CUCGAUUACGAAACCGGGAAGUAGGAUAGCACCAUGUGGGAUGGUUAUUGGAUCUUCAUCGGAUUAAUAUGUACAUGUGUAUGUGCAACAGAAUGAAGAGGGAAUAAAAAAAGAGAAUGGAAUCACAAAUUUCAUGACUAAUGAUGGGACUCGUUUACAAUGAUUUGCAUGUAAUAGUAUCGUGUCCGCGUUUCUUGAACUGAAUUAUAAAUAUGCAAAAUGAUUGGGCAUUAUGUUUGAUCGUAUAAAAACUCUUACUUUUGUUUUAUCUCGCACAAACGCUUUGAAUUGUUGCCGCGCUAUAUUCUCGUCCAGACUGAAGAUAGGAAGAUGAAUACGGCAAUCACCUUGAUCUUGAUACUUUCUCCUUGUGUUCUAUCACUGCCUCAAUUCCAAGAGGAUGCAUACAGAAGGCAACUAGAAGAACAAGAAACCCCACAACUGGACGAAAAUCCCCCACAGUUCCAAAGAGAACCCUCAUCGCAGUUUCAAAGAAGAGUCCCAGUAGCUCGGGAAAGAUUAGUUCGACCAUUUGCCAGAGUUCAAAAGGUACCAGUACCUCAACCUCUACCAACUGCUGCUCCUCAGCCGGAACGAUACACCAGGCCUGAACCUCAAUUGAUCACUCGUCAAGAGGAAGUUUACAGCAGACCUCAGCCACAACAACCUCAACUCAUCAGUCGUCAAGAUGAAGCUUACAGUAGGCCACAAGCUCAAGUACCAUUGUUCACUCAGCCUCAAUUCCAACAAACUGCAGCUCCGGUCGCUCCUCAAGCUCAAGAAGAAGAGUAUAAUAGUAGACCUUUAUUGAGAGUGCAAUCUAUUCAGGCUGCUGCUGCUGCUGCUGCUCCUUCGCAAGAAGAUAGAUAUAAAAAUGUAGAUAGCAGAUACAGUACUCCUAUUCCGAUCAUUAAGUACGAUAAAUCUCAGUCUUUGGAUGGCAGUUAUAAAACCAGUUACGAAACCGGAAACAACAUCGUAGCUGAGGAAUCCGGAUUCAUCAAAAAUAUCGGAGUCAAAGACCAAGAAGCUUUAGUCCAACAAGGAACUUAUUCUUACACAGCUCCCGAUGGAACAGUCAUCACCACAUCUUACACAGCCGACGAAGGAGGAUUCAGAGUCGAAGGAUCUCACAUUCCAACACCACCACCUAUUCCAGAAGAAAUCAGAAAAGCAUUGGAAACCAUCUACGAAGGAAUAAGACAACAACAAGAAGCGGAAGCCAAAGAUGCGAAAUACGGUAAAACCAGGCCAGGGUCUGCCGAAGAAACCAAUUCUAUUUCGGACAAUUACCCACAAAAUUAUCCAACGUUCGCGUAAAUCAGCUUGAAAUCGAGUAAAUAGCAUAUCCGAUGGAAUACCAAAAUUUUAAGACUGAACAGCUGCAUUGUGGUGGAAUUUCCUGCGCAGGAAAAAAUUUAUUUCAUUAGGUAUAUGGAUUAUCAUUAGGUACCUACCUACUGCAUAUUUAUUAGUUUUCUUUUUCCACGAAAAUUAAUACAAAAUGUUUGUUGUUUGUAA